AUGGCAGAAUCUGCGUUUCAUAACCCGCUCUCAAUCAAUCUGGCAAAGCAGACUCGACAACUCCUCGAGCUACUCCCGUCUAAGUCUUCAUAUGCUAUACUUCUGGAGAACGCCAAAACGCGACCAGAACUUCUUGAUACUGCAUCACGGCUCCUCGCUGUCCCCGCGCUCACCAGCGUAGUCGCAAAUAUCUUCAGACCUCUUCUACUCGAUCUAUGUGCGCGGUGGUUACAUGAUGAUGAGGACGAGGACGAUAGGCUGGAGUCUCUGUGUUUUCUUCUGGAAAUACAGCCAGAGACAUACCCGGUAUUCGCUGCCUUCUUCCGUCGUCCGGGUCGCGAAGGGGGUCCUCUUGGUUUCCUCUCACAGGUAGAGUCUGUGGGUGACAUCGAGACAGUCGUUCUACACCGCAGACUAGUUGCAUACUACCGCAUAUUGCAAGCAAAUAGAGCCUUUCCUCGAACAUCUUCAUGGCCGCUUGCGCCGCUGUCGAAGCUCAUCUCUGCGCCCCUUCUUGAUAAUGGAGUGCGUCUCUUGGCCAUACGCUGUUAUGCGUUACAGGCAGGUAUCAUGGAAGGCGAACGGGUGAAGAUGGAGAAUAACGCCAUAGGAGAUGUUGAGUCGAUCGACUGCCCCAUUACAUUUAGCACUCGCAUGGACGGUACCAGAAUACAAGUUGACGGAUGGAUCCUGCCCGCUGUGGAAGCCAAGCGAGUGGUCGACUAUCGGAAUGCGCUUUUACAAACCCAAGAUCAUUACUCAUUUGACGGAGACGACUCACAAGAGCCUGUUCAUCCGGCAGAAUUGAGUCCAUACAUCGUGAACGUACACGGUGUUCUAUUACUCCGCGGAUCGACCGCCGCAACACCCGACUCGCUUUUGAUCGAAACCCCCACCACUAUACAAUCUCUACGAGCGCUAGCUCUUCACCACUCACUCAGAGUGCCAACUCUCUUGACCUCUCCUCCGUCUUGCGGCAAAGCGCUACUGCUAUCCCAUCUAGCGUCGGUCCUUCUUCCUGGUGUACGUAAUCAGAUUGUCUCGAUCCACCUUGCCGACACUUCCCUCGAUGCCCGCUCUCUCCUUGGUUCUUAUGUCUCGUCUGCAACCCGUCCGGGCACCUUUGAGUGGAAGGAGGGUGUAUUGGUUCGGGCGAUGAGAGAAGGCAAGUGGGUCGUCUUCGAGGAUAUUGACAGAGCUAGCGCUGAAGUCCUUGGAAUCAUCAAACCCCUUGUCGAGUCCAUUGGCAUGGACAAGUGGAUUGGGGAGCGGGCGAAGCUUGACAUUCCCAAUCGUGGGACAGUGGAGGCAGAGGACACCUUCGCUAUUUAUGCCACACGUUCGACCGCACCCUCAAGGAGCGGGGGCUUUAUGCCUCCAACAUUCUGCGGAGCACACAAGUUCCACGAGAUGAUCGUUUCCGCACCAACAAUUGAUGACUUGCGGACAAUCAUGGACACCAAAUUUCCCAGGCUAGCUGGCAUAGCUGCUCAUGGGCUAAUUCGCCUCUGGGAAGCGGUGAAAGCACUUGGCUCAGCGGCUUCCACUCGAGAUGUUGGUCUACGAGAGCUGGAGAAGCUGUGCGUGCGUAUCGACAAUCUCCUGCCCUCCCAGCAACCUAUGGAGAUCGACGUUGUGCAGGAAGAGUUCUUGGCCCUGCCAAUCAUCUUCCCCAAUCUUGCUCUGCGUGAGGUAAUGUACUCGGAGGCUCGUGACGUUUUCUUUGGGGCAGGGUCGACCACUGCAUCUGCUCGCACCCAUAUGGACACCGUUGCUGCUCUAGUCGCGGAGCAUCUUGGAAUUGCUCCGGACAGGCGAGACUGGCUUUUGCACGAAUGGACGCCCGAGUACGAUCUAGAGAAAGACAUGAACGGCAACAUAGCUGCUGUGCGAGUCGGUCGGACGCGUCUUACCGCACGCAUCUCCAAGUCACCGAAGGGCGCAUUUGCUCCACGUCCGUUCGCUAUGCAUCGGCCAGCUGUCCAGCUGCUUUCCCGGAUCGCUACCGCCGUGUCCCUCGCCGAGCCCGUCCUGCUCACUGGAGAGACGGGCACAGGAAAGACCAGUGCUGUGACCCACCUAGCGUCGCUACUCGGCCGCAACCUCGUCGCACUGAACAUGUCCAAUCAGACGGAGUCCUCCGAUCUCAUCGGUGGGUUCAAGCCCGUCGAUGCGCGCAUUCCUGGAAUGGAAUUGCAGAACCGUUUCUUGGAACUUUUCGGCAGUACGUUCAGCAAGAAGAAGAAUGCAAAGUUCGAAGAGUCAGUGCGGAAGGCGGUGCAGGAUGGAAAGUGGAAGAGAACGGUGACGCUGUGGAAGGAGUCGACGAAGCUCGCGAAGAAGAAGAUCUUGUCCAAGACUGUUGCGGAACAGAGCGAAGCCACUACGCAGGACGGACAGUCACCUCGCAAACGACGAAAAGUGGAACGCGGUCUCAAUGUGCCUGCCGCUGUUUGGGAUGCAUUCGAACGUGACGUUGAGGUAUUCAAAAUACAGCAUGUGCAUGGCAAUAGCAAAUUUGCUUUUGCCUUCGUGGAAGGUCUGCUCGUGAAGGCAUUGCGAUCCGGCGACUGGAUAUUGCUUGACGAGGUCAAUCUGGCAACUCCUGAAACAUUGGAGUGCAUAUCUACGCUGCUUCAGGGUCCGACCGCCUCCAUUACGCUGACAGAGCAAGGCUCCCUGGAGCCAGUGCCGCGCCAUCCAGACUUCCGCCUCUUCGCAUGUAUGAACCCGGCGACGGAUGUGGGCAAGAGGGACCUGCCACCCAAUAUUCGUUCGCGUUUCACGGAAAUAGACGUCCCUCCGCCAGAUGCUGACAAGGACACUUUGCUAAGUAUCGUCUCUCAGUACAUUGGUGGUUGCGCAGUCGGCGACAAAGGUGCUAUCAUGGACGUCGCUGAGUUCUACUCAGCGGUCAAGAAGUUGGCCGACGAGCGCAAGAUUGCGGACGGUUCCAAUCACAAACCACAUUUCAGCAUGCGCACUUUGGCUCGGGCGUUGACCUUCGCGGCAGAUAUGGCCCACGCAUACUCUCUGCGAAGAGCACUGUGGGAGGGUUGCCUGAUGACGUUCACGAUGGUUCUCGAUGAACCCAGUACGCGGAUCGUCAUGGAGCUUGCUCAAAAGCAUAUCCUCGCAGGUGUGCGCAAUCCGCGUUCGUUAUUGUCCAAGGAUCCUAUAGCGCCCCAACCACCUGAGGCUCAUCUCAAGUUCGGUCCCUUCUUCCUCGAGCGAGGUCCGUUGCCCGAGGAUCCAGUUGACGACUACAUUAUGACGCCCUCUGUCGAGACCAAGUUGAUCGAUUUGGCCCGUAUCAUUGCAGCGAGGAGGUUCCCCGUCUUGAUAGAGGGCCCCACAUCCAGCGGCAAGACCAGUUCGAUCGAGUAUCUCGCCAAAAGGUCUGGUCAUCGGUUCGUUCGCAUCAACAAUCAUGAACACACCGACAUCCAGGAGUACUUGGGUACCUAUAUAUCCGAUCCGAGCACAGGCAAGCUAGUCUUUCAGGAUGGCCUCCUGGUACAAGCUUUGCGCAAUGGUGACUGGAUCGUCUUGGAUGAAUUGAAUCUUGCUCCCACCGACGUCCUUGAGGCUCUCAAUCGUCUUCUCGAUGACAACAGGGAACUUGUAGUUCCGGACACUCAGGAGGUCGUCCGUCCACAUCCACACUUCAUGCUAUUCGCUACCCAGAACCCAUCUGGAUUGUACGCUGGUCGAAAAGCUCUGUCGCGCGCUUUCCGCAACAGGUUCCUCGAGGUCCACUUUGACGACGUUCCUCAAACAGAGCUUGAAACCAUUCUUUGUCAGCGAUGCCGUAUAGCACCAUCGCAUGGAGCGCGGAUCGUCAGCGUUUUCCGAGAAUUACAAAAGCGUCGCCAGUCUAGUCGGGUCUUUGAGAGCAAGCACGGUUUCGCGACUCUUCGGGACCUCUUCAGAUGGGCGCAACGGGAUGCUAUGACGUAUCAGGAGCUUGCCGAGAAUGGCUUCAUGCUCCUUGCUGAAAGAACGCGCCGCGAAGAUGACAAAGCAGUCGUAAAGGAGGUCAUCGAAUCCGUCAUGAAAGUCCGCAUCGACGAACAGCAGUUGUAUGACCUACACCGCCCCGAGUUUGCUCAACAAGGUUUCCUAGGCUGUCCAGUGCCAUCUCAGACACAACUGGUUUGGACAUCGGCUAUGCGACGUCUUUUCACACUCGUCGCUCGUGCAUUGCGAUUCAACGAGCCGGUACUGCUCGUGGGCGAAACAGGAUGUGGGAAGACCUCUGUGUGUCAGCUCUAUGCUGACUGCAUUUUGAAGCGAUUGCGCACAGUUAACUGCCACCAGAACACGGAGACCGCGGACCUCAUUGGUGGCUUGAGGCCUAUCCGGAAUCGGAGUGCAAUCGAAGCCGAAGUCAUACGCGAAUCGCUGGAUGCCCUGCGCGAGGCAAAUUUGACGUUCGAUAGCGAGGAUCCUCACUCUCUUAUCGCUUGUAUUGGUCGACAUAUAGCGUCUGGCACUUUGAGUCCAGUAGUCGUCGGACGUCUGAACGUCAUUAAGGCCAAGCUGCAGCGGCUUUCUGUGCUGUUCGACUGGCAUGACGGACCCCUCGUCGAGGCCAUGCGCAAUGGAGAUGUCUUUCUUCUGGAUGAGAUAUCUCUUGCAGACGACUCCGUUUUAGAGCGGUUGAACAGCGUACUUGAGCCUGAGCGCACGAUCGUAUUAGCAGAGAGAGGCGGAGAUACUUUGGAAAUCCCUCUCAUAACGGCCACUCACGACUUCAAGCUAGUCGCGACAAUGAACCCUGGCGGUGACUAUGGCAAGAAGGAAUUGUCUCCCGCUCUAAGGAAUCGUUUCACAGAAAUUUGGGUACCCCCGGUCACUGAUCGUCAGGACUUCGAGGCGAUUAUGAAUGGUUCAUGGCAGUACGCUUGUUUCAAAGAGCAGACGGGUCUCAUCCUGGACUUCGUGGAGUGGCUUUGUGCCUGCGCAAACGACCGGUCUAUCCUCAACAUUCGAGACAUACUGACUUGGGUUCAAUUUUCCAACACUGUGUAUCACUCUAGUUCAGAGUCUAUGCCCGUUUAUGUGAUCUUUCAUCAUGCGGCGCACCUAACAUAUCUCGAUGGACUAGGCUCCAUGCCUCAAUUCUCAGGAUUCUCGCACGACGCAUUACAGGAUACGCGUUCUCGGGCUGUCCUCAAAUUGCAAGAGCUCGUACCAGCGCAGGAUGGCUUGGAACAAGUUGUACAGGCUGACCCUCAUACAUCCGUCCAGCUGGGAUACUUCUCGAUCCCACGAGGAGCACUGGAGACCCGACCACAGAAUUUCAGUCUUCAGGCACCCACGACGCGGGACAACAUGAUGCGAGUCGUAAGAGCAUGCCAACUGUCGAAGCCUCUGCUGCUGGAAGGAAGUCCUGGCGUUGGGAAGACAAGUCUCGUCACCGCGUUGGCCAAUAUAUGCGGAUAUCACUUGUGCCGCAUCAACCUCUCUGAUCAGACAGAUCUCUCGGAUUUAUUUGGAUCUGAUUUGCCUGUCGAGGGUGGUCAACCCGGGCAGUUCGCAUGGAAGGAUGCUGAAUUCCUAAGGGCCUUGCAGGAGGGUCAUUGGGUCUUACUGGACGAGAUGAACCUGGCACCGCAAGCGAUAUUGGAAGGUCUCAAUGCAGUUCUUGAUCAUCGCGGCACGGUAUAUAUACCAGAACUAGGUCGUUCCUUCACACGCCAUCCAUCGUUCCGUAUCUUCGCUGCGCAGAACCCUUUGCAUCAAGGAGGAGGCCGCAAAGGAUUGCCCAAAUCCUUCAUCAAUCGUUUCACGAAGGUGUACAUCCAGGAGCUCACAUUCGACGAUAUUUUCCUCGUCUGUCGCAACUUGUUAGAGGACUAUCCUGAGGAGCGCUUACGACGGAUGAUCCACUACACAUCCCUUCUGUCGGACGAAAUCAUGGUCAAGAGGACCUUCGCUAGGGAGGGCGCCCCAUGGGAGUUCAAUCUCCGCGAUGACCUCCGUUGGGGGGCCUUGUUACGAGCUGCUGGGCCGCAAGCGCACCCUGUCCAGUACCUAUCGACGUUGUUCUUGCAACGGUUCCGGAACAGCAAGGACAGACAACAUGCACUCCGCUUAUUCGAGGAGACUUUUAAGGAUUGUGCCGGGCGCAUAUCCUUCCAUGAUCCAGUUCGAUUCCUGCUCACGCCGUCCCAUGUUCAAAUAGGCCAGUUCUUUUCCAGUCGAGUUGGACAUGUCCCGCGCUACCGUCCUGGCCGACUUCUGCAUACGCAUUCAGCUGCUAUGGAAGCAAUCGGCGUGUCCCUCACGCAUGGUUGGUUGACAGUGCUUGUCGGGCCGCGUGGGAGCGGCAAAACAUCCAAUAUACUCACGAUGGCCCACUACCUUGGCAAAGCCAUCGACAUCGUCGCUAUCAGCAAUGCCACCGAUGCAUCUGAUAUUUUGGGUGGAUUUGAGGAAGUCGACGCAACGUAUCGCACGCAGAGCGCUGCGCAAAAAGUCCAUUCCUUCACCGAGCGGGUGUUCAGCACAGUCGAUGGGUUCAGCCGUGAGGCAGCCGCACUCCAUGAUCUAGCCGGACUGGCUCUCGCGCACGUUGGAUCGAAGGAGACAGCUCGGGAAUACUUGGUGACUGCUUUAGCCCUCUUGAACAAAAUGGACAAUCUUUCGGCGCAAGAACGUAAUAAUCUUCAAGUUCUGCAAGAGGAGCUGAGGUCAUCGGUAGAGUCCAUCGAUAAAGCCGGGGGCUUGGAGUGGGUAGAUGGGCCACUUGUGCGGGCACUCAAGCAAGGCUCCUGGCUAUUGCUCGAUGGUGCGAAUAUGUGCAACCCUUCGGUCUUGGAUCGACUGAACUCGCUCUGCGAAACCGACGGAGUACUCAUUCUGAAUGAGCGGGGUCAGGUCAAUGGACAAGUUCAAGUCAUCAAACCACAUCCAGAAUUCCGCCUUUUCAUGUCUGUUGAUCCGCAGUAUGGCGAGCUGUCGCGAGCUAUGCGCAAUCGUGGUGUUGAGGUUGCCUUGAUUGAAGACUCGACACCAGAAGACUGGCGACGGACGCUGGAUCAUGUCCGCCUGCCUUCUAGCCUUGACACGCUGGAGGUCAAGACCGCAUCAUUCACAUUCGAGCAGGUGCGACGUGGGGUCAAGAAUGAAACGUCUGUGUCGUCAUCUAGUGUUGCGCCGUCAGGUAGUAGCACUCUUGAGGGUCAAGAUUGCUCGUCGUCUUGGCUGUCCGGCAUAGUCCCCACCCUCGCGGUCAGCACUCCAAGUAAACCAGUGAUCCAACGUAGCCUGGCGUACUUCACCACUAACGUGUCGGCCCCUUCCCAUACCCCGUUCUUGGAAUUGGCUCCUUUCUUGCCAUAUGAUGCCGUACCCGCUCACUUAUUGGUACCAGAGAACACGAAUGAGGUCAACACUCUCUGGCAGGCGCUUCGACUCUCCGUCACCGUCCACCUCGACCGCGAACAUGAGCGGGCUCAUCCCAUCACACGUUUUCAGCCGAUGUCGUCGGUCACCAGGCGGACAAUCACCGAGGAGAGGCACCUCCAGGUUGCAAGUGCAGCAAAGCGUCUGUUGGACGAGAUACGAUCCACCGCUCAACAUAGAGUGAGCCCGCUCGAGGGUGCUUUCAAUACAGCGGAAUCGCAGAUUGUGCUACUGACACAGCUUCUUACGUACGGACAUUUCCUCCGGGAGGCGGCGGCGGCUGUACCCAUCGAUUAUUCCGCUGUGCAAGUUGCCGCACGGUGGAUACAAGAGUCCGUCCAAGAACUGUCUCGUUCUGAAGACAUUGUCUCAUGCUCCAACAUCCUAAACGAUGCCGUAUCUCCCAAGACAGGUCUUGGCCUGAGGGAAUUGUGGAUGGCGCUUCGCAAUCUGGAAGCUCAAGCUCACUGCAAUAUGGAAGUGCAACGCCUGGAGGCAAUGGCUAACGUUCUCACUAAGGAUGAGAAGCACCUCGAUCGUCGGUCACAUAUUCUUGAAGUUAUGGCACUGUGGACAUUGCCCAAGCAUCGGACAGAUGCCGAAGAGAUCGAGUUGAAGGAAUUGACGGACCGGUUAUUACAACAAUAUCCAGACAGCGAGCAACCAACCGAUGCUGGGAAUGGCCUGUCGCAUGAUGUUCUCGUCGCUGAGCUGGACGUCCUUAUUCAGAUCCCGAUGGGUGCCGAUUGCGUUGAACAAGAGGCCGGCUCCCCAAUAUUGAAAAGUUGGUUAGAAUUUGGCUGCAGAUUCGUCAAUCUAUCCCGUUUGGUUCCUUAUCAACAGAUCCUAUGGGCACAGGCAAACAGAGAGGCGAGGGCACAGUGCAUUGCAAGGAUCCACGCGCAAUGGCUCGAGAGUAUAUGGCAUGUAUCUCCUGUGAGGAAUGCGAACGGGCCAUCCGUCUUAUUUUUACCUAUAGAACUAUUCGGUAUAGUCCAUGACUGCUCGCUUAAAGAACGCAGUCUGAACACGCUGCAGCAAUAUGAGCAGACUAUGCUUCGUCGUCUCGACUUGCUGUCUGCGUCAUCGUUCAUAAGAGACGCUACUCGACUAGGGCAAGUAUCGGCUCUGUUACUGCGCGAAGUCUCUGCAUUGACCGUUUAUUAUGGAGGAUCAUCCCCCGUAGUCGAGGAUGCUACGCAAGGGAUGAACAGUGUGACUGUCCUCAACAUGAUCGGUCGCCUCGAGUGUGUACCGCAUGUGGCCUUGGCGGAAUCAUGCAGGGAGCACCUCCUUCCCGCCUUGCGGAAGUUGCAUUCCACCCCUCGACCACAGAUGCUCGGCGAAUUAGGCCGCUCCUGGAUCGCGCUGGGCCAGACUAUCCUCGAGAUCUAUGUCCCCGACGUUCCGGUCGAUCCGGCAGCAAUACAGAGAUGCGCUAACGACUUCUGGAGGGGCCAGGCGGAGACAUUCGCUGUUCAAAUCGGUCUUCAUGAGAAGUAUGAAGAGCGGGUCAGUGGGCGCAAAAGUAGCGUCUCAAUCGAGCUGUUGAAGACCAUGCUUGCUGAUGCGGAAUGUCACGCCGCUGCGAACCCCUUGCACACCGACACUCUCCGGAACGAUACAGCGCAAUUGUACGCCUUGUGGGCAGAAGUCACGCAGCUGAUGGCGCAGGUGGUCUCUACAGUCAAGAUUCAAUCUAUCUUGGAGGACAUUGAGUCGCGGCAAGCGCAGUCUCUCAUGCGUGAGGCUGCUGUUCAGGAGUCUCUCAAUGCUUUCAGUCAACGCCUCCGUACUGUCUACCCAGAAUACCGCGACAUUUUUGGACCCGUCCUCCUAGCCAUCUUGUACAUCCGAUUUGGAUUGCGUCUCGCAGCAGAAGCACCUCAGCAUGCUGAACGCCUUGUUGAUCAACAUGCUGAUAUCAUUACCGCUUUAGUGGCAUUUCCGUCGGUCAACAGUGCCGCUUUGUUGCGAGAAGAUCACAUCCCGUCCUUGCCCGAUAUCACAGCUACAGCAUUACUCGCAAAGCUCUCGGGCAUUGUCUUCGAUGCCAAUCUAGGAGUGGACGUGCGCGCUCAUGUUCAAGAAUUAGAGACGCUAUACGAACAGAUAUUUGGUCUAUGGUCAAUUGAUCGUGCGAAGGCAGAGAAGGCGCAGCGGGAAGGGCAGUCCCUGUAUCGUCAGAACAAACUGACUAGCGAUGGAACUAGCGAUGCGGAACUAGAAGAACAAGAUUUCCUCUCCAUUUUCCCCCAGUUCGGCGACGUUACCAGCGUCGACGAGCUGUCUGAUCCAGACGCCCCCUCUAGUACACAUGCACAGCCCAAGGCUUCUAUCUCCUUCGACGCUAAUCGCACGGUGCAGCUCGGCGGACUCCAUCAGCAGCUGUUUAGCCGCAAGAACCUGGGUGGCUCGUCUGCAGAGUUCUCGACCAUCUUCAUGAACCUCAGGCACACUCUCCUCACCUCCAUCCUUGACUCCGCCGUAACUCAAUUGCCAGAGAAACUCGACAUCGACAGCGUGCCAUACCAGCUGGCCUUGCUUUACAACAGUCUCGGUGGUUUACAUGGCAACGGACAAAACACCAUGACGGCGCCUUACAAUUUUUAUCUCGACGCCAAUUUGCUCGAAACGCGAAAGGCUCUCCAGACGCUAUCUACCCUGGGCCAACGUCUUGAUACGUUACUUGAAGAGUGGCCAGAUCAGAUGGUUCUUCAACAUCUUCGAUUCCGCUGUACGAUGAUCCUCAGUUUUGAUCUCUCAAGCCCCGUCGCCAAGAUCCUAUCUGCCGUAGAACACCUCUUGCUGCAGCUCGAAGAUUGGGAAAUGUACGCUAACAGGACCAAUUCCUUGAGGAGCUACCAGCAGAAUCUGACUGUCCUGAUUGUGGAAUGGCGGCGGCUGGAGCUUGCGUCCUGGCAAGGGUUGUUGAAAGCCCAAUUCAACACAUUCGCGGAUUGCGUUCACGAUUGGUGGUUCAAACUCUAUGAAGCGCUUGUCCGAGGUUCCAUGACCGCCGCCGCCGAAGAAGAGGCUGGACGCGUCGAUGCGUCGACUCAGUAUUUGAAUGAGCUGGUCCCACUCAUAGACGAUUUCAUCACGUCAUGUCCGAUUGGCCAGUACGAAUCACGUUUGCAACUCCUCUCCAGUUUCGCCACCUUCAUACAUCAUCUACUCGCGGAUAAGGCCAAAUAUCUGAACAGGAUGCUUUCCCGGGUCUACCGCAUCAUUCAAUUCACUGUGCAUCACUUUGAACAGUUCGUACCCACCGUACAAUCCGCCCUGGCCGCCCGGCAAGGCGAACUUGAGAAGGAGAUCCGAGACUACAUCAAGCUGGCAAGUUGGAAGGACAUCAACGUACACGCCCUCAAACAGAGUGCACAGAAGACUCACAGACAACUCUAUAAGAGCAUCCGCAAGUUCCGCGAUGUCUUGCAGAAACCUGUAGUCGAUCUUCUGAAGAUCCAGCCCGAUACUGAAGGAGCACGCCGUCAUCAGCAAGUGGAACAGCCCUUGCGCUUACACGCAACGGUCAGCUCCUUGCCAUCAAUGUCCUCGACCUCCAGCCUACCUCCACACCUGGUGAACCUCGACAAGACGUAUAGAGUCUUUGACAGCGUCGUCGCCUCCCAGGUCUCCGCAAGCUCCCGAAUAUUACAAUCCGCUGCUCUGCAUGACCUCGCUGAAGAGAUUAUCACAACAUCACGUACGCUCUCGAAGGAAACUGUUUCUCAAGCUGGCACCGCCCAGCAGCGUAUCAAGAUGCUGAAGGGGUUACUCAACCGCAAGAGGCGAGCCUGGAGCAAUCUGCUCAAGGAACUCAAACGCAUUGGCCUGGCAGCGAACGUGAAGCCAGAAACACUGGCGGAUCUGCGCAGCCUGCGCUGGCUCAGGGAGCAGAAGGUAUCAUCUGGAGACAAUGUUUACUUGUAUCGACUCGCGCAUCUGCUUCCUGACCUCAGGGCAACUCUAUCGAGCCAUCACGAUGAUAUUCAGACUCGGGAGCUUCAGCGAGGUGUGCUCUUGCUCGAGUCUGGCUUUACGAUGGGACUGGAUACUCAGCGCUGGACUGCUGAAACUGAGACCGUCUUCUCGCACCUCCAAGGGCUUGUCAAACGCCUUCAUCAGAUACACGCAGAAAAUAUUGUUGAUUCCGGCGCAGCAGUUCUGGACUGUGCGGUAGAGCAUAAAGACAUCAUAUGCAAACUCGUCAACGCGCUAGAGGAAUUAGAACAGCGGCUCUUGGACCAUCAGGCUCACAGCUCACGCGCCAAGGUUCCUCAAGCGGUUCUAGGCGAUGUUCGGCAAUUCAUGAGCUCGUCUGGGAAACUGGCUGCUCGCCUACUCCAACUUGUCGCUGUUCUACAAAGUACGACGCCGCCCAUUCUCCUUGAAGAGGAGGAUAAUCUGCUUAGGCAAGCAUCUCAGCACGUUGCAGAGACGCUAACUGCCCUGGACCGAUGGGGUUCUUAUGGCAAUCCGAUCAGUUACCUCACGAAGCCUAUCGGCGCAUGGCUGCGUGGCAUGUGUCCCACUCAGCUACUCACAGAAAAAGGAGCAUCAACGGACAGUACUGCUUCAUUGAUCGACACGGUGUUGCUUAGCAUGCAGGCCGUCAUGUCUGCAUUCACCACGGAGGAGUCCGCAGAGGCACAAGACCAGGACAAUUAUGUUCGCCGCAAUCGCCGUUGCAUUGCACAUUCGAAGCGCGGUCUUAACCUCGAAGCCAUAGUCCAACACGCUACCGCUGUUAUGAGAGAACUCCCAGGUUGUCCAGACGGCGAGAAGCAGAACAGAGCCGGCCGCAUCCUGCCGUUUCUGGAUCGAUUCCUUGAAUUCGCGGAACAUCAGUUGCUGCGACAGCGCGAAUGGACGAGGGCUCUUUUCAAGCUUGACUACGUAACUGCUUCAGUCAUGCUUACCAUUGCGAGGGAAGGGUUCUGCAAACCUCCUGACACUGACGGAGCCGCAUCUGGUGGGGAGGGUGCGGAAUUGGAGGCGGAUGGCACAGGCUUGGGUGAGGGUGUUGGAGACAAGAACGUCAGUAAAGAAAUCGAAGACGAGAGUCAGGUCGAGGGUCUCAAGGACGAAGGGGAUGAUACCGAUGGAGAGGCCGAGAGAGCGGAAGAUGCUAUCGAGAUGAACGAGGACAUGGGCGGACAAUUGCAGGAUGUUCCGGAUGCUGAGUCCGAGCAACAAGAAGACGACAGCGAGGAACAAAACGAUGAGGAUUUGGACGAGCAGAUAGGCGACCUUGAUGCGCAUGACCCUUCUGCUGUGGACGAGAAGCUAUGGGGAGAUGAAACUGGGCCGCAGGACUCCCAAGACGGAGGGAAGAGCAAUCAAGAUCACUCUACCACUGACGGGCCCUCGGAGAUGACAGAGAAGGAUGAAAGGAGCAAUAAGAAGGAUGCGAGACCGGAGCA